AACCACGUGCACCGCCCCCCCCCGCGCCCCCCCGAGCCAUGUCCACGCUCUUCCCCUCGCUCUUCCCGCGCGUCACCGAGUCCCUCUGGUUCAACCUGGACCGGCCCUGCGUGGACGAGAACGAGCUGCAGCAGCAGGAGCAGCAGCACCAGGCCUGGCUGCAGAGUAUUGCUGAAAAAGACAAUAAUUUGGUCCCUAUUGGAAAACCUGCCUCCGAGCAUUACGAUGAGGAGGAAGAGGAGGAUGAUGAAGACGAUGAAGACAGUGAAGAGGAUUCCGAGGAUGACGAGGACAUGCAGGACAUGGACGAGAUGAACGAUUAUAAUGAGUCCCCGGACGAUGGGGAGAUCAAUGAGGUGGACAUGGAAGGAGCUGAGCAAGACCAAGACCAGUGGAUGAUCUGACACGGCUGCAUCUUGACCAGGUUAAAGGCUGCUGGCGUCCGCUGGAGCUGAAGGAGGGUAGGAGAGCUCUGCCUUCUGGCUUGGCAUUGCCUACGGGCAUCAGAUGGGACGGCUCGUCAGCACAGGGUCUGAUGGACAGCAGCACUUGGAAGCCCUGGUUAGGGAAGUGUCCCUACUGCUGUCUGUCUCGUGAUUAUUUUGUGAACCGAACCUGGCUCAGCCUCAGGCCCCACAACGGAGCCAGCUGGAGAGAAGCUUUCGGUCUCAGCGCCUGCCCAUGUUACCUGCGCCAGGGCAGCUGCUGUUAACGUACAGCUCUACAUGGGAUCACGGGACGACCGGGGUGGGACAGAGCAGCCGGGGCUGGCUUUGUGCGUCUCUGGCGCUCACAGAAAUGUGGGGGGUUUCCAAUAAAUAACACUUCAAAACAA